AUGGAGAUGGUCAUAAGCUCUCAGCCAGUCAGGUUGUCCGUGACUGCGGAAGGUGUGAAGCAUACGUUGACCGUGCAUGAGGCGGCCUUGAAGCAAAUACCAUAUUUCAAGGAGUCUUCGUGGUGCGCUGGAAAAACGGACUUGGACAUUACGCUUCCAGCUGGUACUGGGAUCGAAGCACUGCAAUUCCUGCUCACCCGAUGCUAUGGACUCCAAUUGUCCAAGCCAUCGGCCACGCUUGCAUGCCAGACGUUCUUGCUGUCGGAGUUCUUCCUGAUGCAUGAAGACCGAGCGGCAAUUCUGGAUCUCUUGAAGAGGACUCUCGUGUCCCAAAAGGCCCUUGACGAGGCCCGCGAGUGCUUCAGGGAGAAAGACGUGCCUCAAGAAUUGCAUCACAUUCUGAGCAACGCUGCGACUUCUGUGGAUUCCUUGGUAGUGGAUGUUGCGCAGUGGGGCGAGGCAUCUGUGAAAGCAAUGUUUCAGACUUGCCUUGGUAGCAUAUCAACUGCUCCUGCCGACCUUGAUCCUGCCAAGCCGAGAAAAAACGUAGAUGCUUCAAGCCUGUUCUAUGAGAAGGAAGGUUAUCAACAGCGUUGGCUUGAGUUGUCUCCCGAGAAGAAGAAGAAGUGGGAAUCUGAAGCGGAGGCAUUGCAGAAACAGUUCUCGGAUCUUGAGACGUCUUGGAAAGAGCACCGGCAGAUUCAAGCAAAGCACUUUGAGAAGGUGCGGGAAGUCUUUGAUCGCCGAAUAUCUCGAGGCCUUGUAAAGGCCGAUAUUUCCAUCUUGAUGAACAUGUUGGUGGGCUGCCCAGUAACCAGAGUUAGAGCAUAUUUGUCUCGGGAAGAGCGAGUGAAGACGGGCAAAGCUGCCUCCUCUGAUGCGGAAUACAAAUGGAAAAUUUGGAAGUAUUCGCUGCAACAAGGCUUCGAGUCCUUGAGUGCUGUGGCUUCUGCCCUGAUUGCUGCUCACCCGGACUUCUGGGCCGUCUUCGUCUUCGAUUUGGUCGCAGGCCUUCCAGUCGAAGUUCAGGCGCAAAGUCGCAAGAAUGCUGACGGGAAUUUCACAUUUACUACUGUCGGUGUAGAGCUAGCAGAGGGCUUCUGGAAGCGCUUGGAAAAGGUGUUGGAAGCUGCUGUCGACCUUGCGAUCCGCUUGUUGAAAGAGAGCAAGCUGCAGCCUGUUCAGCUGAUUACUGGUCUUGCAAUGCUUGUCUUCAACAUCUUCUCGACUCGUAUCCUUGAGGAUGUGCCUUAUUGGUUGCAAUCGGCAUUCGGGCGCGUUGCUGCUGCCCUGGACCCUGCUGACAGGGCCCUCCUUGUUGACACCCUGGUACUUGCACGGCUUCCUCAGACUGUCGAGACAUGCUGGGAGCAAACGAUUCGGAGCAGCAUGCAUCCGCCCUCGGAGUUGCUUCGCUUAAGUAAGUUGCGCAAGUCCAGGCCUGAAGAAGACCGGUCGAGGAUGGUGGAGGAGCUGAUGCGAGAAGAAGUGUUUGCGCUUUUCGAGGAUGCAGGCAAAAAGCAAAUCUGUGACUUCCUGAUGCAAGACCGGCAAGGACCCGAUGACUAUCAACCGUUUCUGUGCUGGAUUUCUGGCAGUAAGCUACGAGCCAUGGGUUUGGAACUGCAAGUUUCAUGCAUCAAUUGGCUUGGAGCCCAUGUCCAUGAUCUAGUUGACCACGACCGACUGGACGGGAUUGAUGAUUGGCUCGAGGCAUUCAGUGACUCCCCCAAGCUGCUGCAGUCGUUAGCUGUGCUCUUGAUGCCAAUCUUCCCCCAAAUCUUUGAGUUCGACGAAGAGUCUUAUGAAUACCUUCUGGAGAUGGCAAACCCCAGCAGCGUGAACUUGGAAGCGCAGCAGCCUGCCACUGACUCCACUGAGCCCGCUCAGGAGCCGGACCAGAAGCGAUCCCGGCUUGCAUGA